GUCGAUCGCGAUCUACCAGUCGAUCGCGAGGCCAAUAUAGGUAGAUCGCAGACCACUUAAAAAAAAAAAAGUCCCCUGUUCCUCCUGCACUUGCUAGUUAGUAGGCCUAACCGUGACAUGGGGACAGGCAGCCUAUCAGCCACUCCAUCACUUGAUUGAUGUACAGGGCAGCCAAUCACAAGUCAACAGAUUUUAUCAGACACACCCUGUUGCCUAGGUUACCACUCAAACGACAGUGCGAAGUGCAGCACAACAACAAACUUGUUAAGUAGGCUACGUCUUUUAUUUUUUUGCGGAAUCAAAGAAAGAAAAAAAAAAUGAGCCAUUCUAAAAUGAGUGGGGGAGAUGUCGGCCUACCAAAUAAGAAGCAAAAAACCUAUCACUACCAUAUUGAAUGGGAGGAAGAGUUUUUUUUCACUAUGUCCUUUUCGAAGUGCGUUUGCCUGAUCUGUCAGUCUAGCAUUGCUAUUCCAAAGAAGGGAAAUGUGGAGAGGCAUUUUCGGACAGUUCAUGGGAAAUACGAGGCGGACUUCCCACCGAAAAGUGAAUUAAGAAAGAGGAAGGUGAAGGAAUUGAAAUCGCAGUUGUCCGGACAGCAGUCACUUUUCACACAGCAUUCAUCGAAAGCUAAAGCGGCUACCGAAGCCUCAUUCAGAGUGAGUCGUGUCAUCGUGAAAAACAUGAAGUCAUUCCAAGAGGGAGAGAUAAUGAAAGAGGCAUUCGUUGAAGCAGCAGAGUCGUUGUUUGGAGAUUUUAAAAAUAAGGCCGAAAUAAUGUCUUCAAUCAAAGCCCUGCAACUUUCACGACACACAGUUACAAGGCGCUGUGAAGCCAUGGCUGAGGAUGUAACCCAGCAGAUGUGGAAGGACAUCGGAGAUUGCGAGUGCUUUUCACUGCAGUUGGACGAGUCUACGGACGUCAGUGACACAGCCCAGGUAUGCGUUUAUAUUCGUAUGGUGUUCAGCGACAUGACGGCAAAGGAAGAGCUAUUGACAGUGAUUCCCUUGAAGGAACAUGCGCGAGGAGAGGACAUUUUUCUGUCAUUUAAAAACUUCAUCGAGAACACUCAGCUCCCACUGUACAAAUUAGUGUCCAUCACCACGGAUGGAGCCCCCGCAAUGGUUGGUCGCGUGAAUGGGUUUAUUGCCAAGUGCAGACAGGACGAUGCUUUCCCAGACUUCGUGAAUUACCACUGCAUAAUCCACCAACAAGCACUUUGCGCGAAGAUGCUGAACAUGAAAGAGAUCAUGGACGUGGCGACGAAGAUCGCCUGCUCAAUUAGAGCCAAAGCACUUCAAAGACGGCUAUUCCGCGCACAUCUGGAGAAGGCUGACAGCGACCACUUUGAGUUGUUGCUACACACUGACGUGAGGUGGCUUAGUCGCGGGAAAUUCUUGCAACGAUUCCGAGAGCUCUGUCCAGAAAUCAAGGAGUUUUUUCGUGAAACUGGACAUGCAGAAUACAAACAGCUGAAUGAUGAACAGUGGCUGCUAGAUCUGGCUUUUUUAACCGAUCUUACAAACAAGCUGAAUGACCUUAAUCAAGAGCUGCAAGGAAAAGACAAAACGGUGACCGACAUGAUCAGCUCAGUCAAUGCCUUCAAACGUAAAAUCAAACAUCUGUCCUCAAAGCUUCAGCGCCAUGAUUUGGCAAAUUUCCCGAACCUGAAGUCAGAGUUGGAGACGCAAGGGAAGGCCUGUGCGCAACUAAGCAGCGCACGCUACACAGAGCAGAUUGACAACUGCCUGUCCGAGUUCGACAGACGUUUCCAAGACUUUGCUACACUCGAGCCAGUGGCUACAUUCAUGUGCUAUCCGUUUCAAGAAGAUGCCGAGAUUGAUUCACUUGCGUCAAAAAUCGCAACACUGUUUCACCUGAAUUCAUCUGGAGUGGAAGAUGAGAUUUUAUCACUACAAGCUGACAUUGAGCUGAAGGCCAGAGCUCAUGGACACUUCUGGAACUUACUCACAGAGAAAAAGUACCCCAACAUGAGGAAAUGUGCUACUUCCCUGACUGCAUUAUUCGGCUCAACUUAUCUGUGCGAAUCAGCCUUUUCCCACAUGAAGAUCAUCAAGUCCCAGUAUCGUUCCACCAUGACUGAUGAACAUUUGGAAAUGUGCUUGAGGCUGGCUGUCAGCAGCUACCGUCCGGACUACGCAUCCCUGGCCGACUCAAUGCAGUGCAAGUCAUCAAAUUAAACUCAGAUGCUAACCUCCUCACCCCCAUCAUCACAAUCAAAUACCGGACAGAGAAAGAGCAACAUCACUGCGCCCACCCUUUGGAACUCCCACCCCCUGGACAUCGUAACUCAGAUAGGACUGACCUUCACAUUUAUCUCUCUCUCUCUCUCUCUCUCUCUCUCUCUGUGUGUGUGUCUGUGUGUGUGUCUGUGUGUGUGUGUGUGUAUUUUGAUCCUCUUGCAAAGGCCAUUUGUCUUUGAGCACAAUGAAAAGCUAAAUAAAAUAUGUAUUAUUAUCGUUAUUAUUAUUAUUAUUAUUAUUAUUAUUAUUAUUAUUAUUGUGUGUGCGUGUGUGUGU